AUGAAAAAAUUGACUGCUCUCCUGGUUGUUCUUAGCAGUGUUUUCAUGGUCAAUGCUUACUGCGUUUAUAACAGUGCCAGUAUUCCGGUUUAUGUAACGAUUGGUUCUAACGUUUUUACCAGCUUCAAACAAACCCUUGCCCCAGGAACAUACGGUUGUUGUAAUUGGCAAAAUGAAAGCUGUAAUCCGAGUAAGAAUAAAAAUGAAACUUUACCUAUGACGAUUGAAAGCGAUUGUGGGUGUUAUUAUGAAGGGCAGAUUGUUGCAGGUUACUCGUGUACAUUUUUUGGUGAUGACGAGAGUUGUCCUCUAGAUCAACCCACUACUAUGAACGUCACUUGCGAACAGAAAAAUGCCAGACUUAUGGCUAAGAUUAUUAGACUUGAGAUUGAGAAUACUGAUGUUAAAGCCAAGUAUGAUAAGGCUAUGAAUGAGGUUAUGAAGCUAAGAGCCGAGCUCAAGAAUAGAAUUGAGAAAUUAGAAAAGGAUAGAACAGAUACUGUUACUGAAAAUACUAGAUGUGAUGAUAUAAUUGCUAAGCUUAAGACUGAAGUAGUGAAACUAAGAAAUAACAAUGAGAAGAUCAAAUAG